CAAAAAGCUGAGUCUGAAAAAGGUGAGGUUUAGAAGCCUUGAAGAAAGAGAAAUUAGAGGUCAACUUUCUAGGGACACCCUAUAAUGGAAAGUCAGCAAGAGGCUUUUGGGGAAAAAGCAUCAAAAGAAGAAAAUUAUAAGAAACAAGGAAGGGACCAACCACCAAAGUUGCUAGCACAACAUUGGCUCUGGUACCCAAGGGAGCAAAGGAGGGGAAUCAAUGAUACCCCGAAACCCUAAGAUGAUACUAUAAAAAGGGGAAGCAACCAAUAGUGAAGGGGCAUUCAAUAACAAUGAAUUAGAAUAGAAUCAUUGAGAAAAUUCUGUAAAUAAACCCAAAGAAAGUAACAAAAGAAAGGAAAAUACCACCUAGUAUCCUCAAAUCGCCAUUAUAGGACAUACAUGAAUUCAAAGGGAUUCAAACUUUACAAGUCUUAGAGGCUUAAAGAGCCAUCUAAGUUUGUGAUUUUUGAGCUUAUUUGGACAAUGUAAUAUGUCUUAGUGAGCAUAUUAUAAUACACAAUUAAGAAAAGUAAUGGAAUAUCUCGCAUUGUCUUAAGGAUCCUUAACGUUUAUUCUAUGUUUUUUGUUUAUCACAUUGCUCAUUUACUGUUUCUUACUGUUCCAUGUAUAUAUAUUUUUUGCUUGUUAGUAUGUAUGUAUUGUAGGAUUCCUGCUCUGUACACCAUUUGGUUUGUAAUCAGCCUAUUUAACUGCGGUGAACCAAGCCCAGUCCCUUAAAACAACAACUAAAAGGCUCAAGUUCCUUACUUCUACUUGGGCCUAGACACCGUCCAAAAAAGGACCCUCACAAUAUCUAAAGAUACAAGUGGUGACAUGGCAUCUAAAUUUCCAAUCAACCAAGUUCAAGAAGCUCUGUAUUCAAACUAUAUUCAUUUAAAUGGAGAAGACAGUUCAACCUUCCAAUAAGUGCAAGAGGAACCAUGUGGGUUUGGAGGAUAGGAUAAGUCGGUUCCCAGACGAAAUACUAGUCUCUAUUCUGUCUUUCUUGACUUUUGAAGAAGCAGUCAGAACUAGUGUUCUUUCGCACCGAUGGAAACAUCCGUGGCCCUUCUUCUCUGGUAGUUUGGACUUUGAUGAUCCGGAUACAAUGUGGGACAUUGCGGACGAAAAGAAACAAUUGAAAGUCGAAAGAAAUAAUUUUGCAAAAAGGGUGAACCGUAUUCUAAAAUUACAUCAAGGCUCAAAUAUAGACCAGUUCAGAGUUUGUUUUUAGUUUAAUAGAUAUUCUAAACAUCGCGUUGAUGGAUGGAUUGACUUUGCAAUGUCAAAGAGAGUUAAGAGGCUUGAAUUGGACUUUACACCAACAUGGGUAUGCAAGAGUCAAAUGCGUUAUACAUUUCCACAUGAACGGUUUACAAAACUUGAAAGUUCUGUUGGAGUAUCUUGCAUCAAGUCCCUGAUGUCCCUUACUCUAAUGAACGUACGUGUAACUGGCAAGCUUCUUGAGCACUUGCUAUCCAAUUGUCCCUUGCUUGAAAGAUUACAUGUCUCUGAUUCUGAUGAUCUAGUGACUGUGAAGGUUUGUGGUUCAUCACUGCGGUUGAAGUACUUACACAUAAUACGUUGUUUAGAAUUUAAAAGUAUUGAGAUUUUUGCACCAAAUCUUGAGUCUUUGGGCCUCGUUGGUAGACAAACUGAGAUGCAUGUUAAUCAUGCACCUUGUCUUCUAGAUGUAUGUAUAGGGGGAAGCAAACCUGUGACUUCUGCAAUUUGCCCUCUUUCAAGCUACCUUUCUCAGCUACAGAGUUUGAUACUUCACAUUUGCAUUUAUCCAAAUGAAAAAUUGGAAUUCUUAAAAUUUCAACCAUUAACCAAUCUUAGACACCUCAAAUGGAGAGUUACUGCAUCUGAUGGAGAGAGCCUUGUCUAUUUAAUAUCAAUGGUAGAAGCAGCACCUUUCUUAGAGAAAUUUACUUUGGAGUUGUUAUGGAGUAAACCCCUGAUGGAAAGAGAAUUUAGGAAGGUGAUGAAAUAUCCAAAUGAGCACCUCAAGGAGCUGGAAAUAAUGGGGUUUGUGGGGCGUGCAAUAGACAUGGAGCUUACCGUUUACUUACUUGAAAGUGCCAUCAAACUUGAGAAGAUUGUUAUUAAUCCUCGAUCUCCAGCUCUUGUGGGAACCCCUUGGGAGUUUGAGACGACUGAGAGAAAUGAAGGAGCUAUAGAACGUGCCAACCAACUUAAGAAAAAUCUACCUCAAGGAGCUGAAUUACUUAUACUUUAAUCAUUGUCAUUAAUAUUAGCUUAAGUGGUGUUGUUUGCUAGGUACCAGUUGAUAUAUAUAGAGAGAGACUACAAAUUAAUUGUUAAAAUGUGAUGAUUGUCUUUUUACUGUUUUCAUUGUAACUACUUAAUGAUGGGCAAUAUGAAUUGCAAUAGUUAAUGCUGACAAUCUCCAUUUUAAUGUAGC